UAACGAAAAUGACCGAUGCAUGAUGCUGCGAUGGAUCUCUGUCGAUCGCUCCUCCUAGCAUGCUUUUCACCAGUAAUAACAGCAAAGUGCAGUAGUAGUAAUUGCACUAGCAGCACGACAUUGGUCAAUGCUAUGGCAUCGUAUGCACAAGGAGGAAUGUCGCGUAACGUCGGUCCUGGACUUUACGAAUUUCUUAUGGAGGCAGAAUUGCAACAGUAUUAUCCAGGUAUUCGGGGGGACCUAAAAGUUCAAACAACAGCGCAAUUAAAGUAUGUGACCGAAGAAGAUUUAAAUGCUAUAGGAAUGAGCAAGCCUGAAAUGAGACGCUUAAAGAAAUAUUUUCAAAAGCACUUUCCUCAAAAUUAUCUGUCAAAGUUUAAGAAGAUGUUAUUACCAAAGCGCGAGGAACAAACACCCAGUGCUCUUGGUAUGUUACCGGAGGAAAGACAAGAUAGACCUCCUGUACGGGUUCCUAACAAGCACAUGAUCCCUGCCGAUGCGAUAAUAGUGAAUAAGGAAUUAGGAACUGGGGAAUUUGGAGUUGUACAACAAGGUGUGUGGACCAACGACGGCGAAAGGAUACAAGUAGCGAUAAAAUGUUUGUCGCGAGAGAGAAUGCAGAAUAAUCCUAUAGAAUUUUUAAAAGAAGCUGCUAUUAUGCACUCCAUCGAUCACGAACACAUAGUAAGACUAUACGGAGUCGUUUUGGAUACAAAUUCGUUGAUGCUCGUAACGGAAUUAGCGCCAUUGCGUUCUCUGUUAGAGUGUUUAAAGGAGCCAAGCUUGAGGGCCAGUUUUCCCGUUCUGUCGCUAUGCGAUUUUGCUGUUCAAAUAGCCGAUGGAAUGCAAUACUUGGAAGCGAAAAGAUUAAUACAUAGAGAUUUAGCUGCAAGGAAUAUUCUUGUCUUUUCUAAAAACAAAGUUAAGAUAUCAGAUUUUGGAUUGUCUCGAGCUCUUGGCGUUGGUAAAGAUUAUUAUCAAACGAAUUUUAAUGUAAAUUUAAAAUUACCGAUCGCAUGGUGUGCUCCUGAAUGCAUAUCUUAUUUGAAGUUUACAUCUGCCAGCGAUGUAUGGGCUUACGGCGUAACCCUUUGGGAAAUGUUCAGUUAUGGAUUUCAGCCGUGGGCAGCGCUGACGGGCCAUCAAAUUUUAGAAGCCAUCGACGAACCAAACUUUCAAAGGCUUGAACAACCAGAAUGCUGCCCGAAAGAUUAUUUCUCAUUGAUGCAACAAUGCUGGCAGCACGAGCCGUCUAAAAGGCCGAAAUUUUCCGAAUUAAUUAAUUUAUUGCCAGACUUAAAACCAGAACAAGUACAAGCAGUACAGGACAGUACAGAAGCGGGACAAUUGGUCUACAGACAAGGUGAUAUAAUAACGGUAUUGGACAAAGGUAGUAGCAAUACCAUGUGGAAGGGCGUCCUAAAUAACGGGAAAACAGGAAUCUUUAAUCCUGCUCACACGAUAGCAUAUCUUGGAUCGAAUUUACCGAGCAACAAACCAGGAGAAUUUACGAGAGGCGACGGGAAAAACGCAUUUUCCUCUCAACGGAGGAAAAUUCGUACGGAUAUGAUAUCCUCCCCUCAAGGCGAUUUGAAACACACCGGUCACGUUGGCCUGGAUGGAGCAUAUUUCGGUGAUAUCAGUUUUCUCGGUGGCAAGUACCCACAUUUACCGCGUCAAGUGGUAACCCCCUAUAAGCCGCAGGAAGAUGUAACGGAUAAUUCUAGUCAAAUUUUAAAUCAGGAUGUAAGAAGUUUAGAGAUAGACAGAGAAACUUUGAGGGAUAGCAGGGCUUUGCAACAAGAGCAGCAAAGUAAACAUGAUAGUUUAUGGUCCGACGUUAAUUCCGAGAUGUGCCAAUUGGGAAGCAUUUCUAAUGCGGGCAAGCAAGCUGCUGUAGUAUCGUCAAAUCCGAUCGGUAAUAUCGAGAGUCUCGGUGCCGAUCACGAAUAUCAUGAGAUCAGUGACGAGGAGAAUCAAGACAGCCCAUUGAGAUUUGACAAAACAUUAAACUUUGACUUUGGCCCGAGUCUUUUGGCCGAGAUGGAUCAAAUGUUUAGGUCUCUAGGUUCUUCCGCUCCUCCGCCACCACCUGGACACCCAUUGACUACCGCCGAACAUGAAUCGAGCAACGCAAGAAACGAACUUCGGGAAAUACAGGCGAAACAAUGCAGCAAGAAGAAACAAGCGACCGUGAAGCCUAUCUCUGCAGCCGAUCAGAAAACACUCUACUCGGCCAUUGCUAUGGCACAGGAAUUGACAGCACGUUCCAUGACAGAUCUUGAACAUCCACCGGAGUCUCCCCGAACACCCGCCAGUCCUUCAAGGCGCAGAAAAUUCUCUUUUAAGUUGCCACAUCAACACAGUCCCAAACCAGACAGACGACACUUUUCAGAAGAAGCAGCCAGAAUACCUGACAUGCAGUGGCUAUGUUCGAGUCUACAAUCGCUAUCUUCCACGGUAUCUAGUAUAGAAUCUCUUGGCGCGCCAUCGACCUUAAAAUUGCCUUUGUGGGAUAAAGCCUCGGCGGAGUUUUGCUUUGCAAAGUCCCGCGAACUUCUAACGAAACCAAGUGCCUGGACCUCUUAUAUGGAUAUAGAAUUCGACGCGCAUAUAUUGGACAAUGCAGCGACCAAGCAGAAUCUCGUAAAGUCGAGCGAAUUCCUCGAACAUGGAAACAGGAAGAGUGGGUACAAUUGCGAAAAUGCGAUCGAUAUAAAUCCAAAUCAUAAUCUUAAACAACACAACGGAACAGUGUCCUUCAAAAUGGAUAAUCCUAAUCUUGAUUAUCCAAGGGAAUCCAAACGUAUAUCGACCAGUUACGUCGAUCGCUAUUUCGAGCAACCGAAAUAUUUUGACGAAGACAGCAGCGGUUUGAGUUGUUCCGUCGAUAAAGCUUUGCGUUUUACCGAGGAAAAAUCUGAAAAAUUUGAUAAAAUGAAUAACUUGGAGCACUCUGUUAGAUCCUCGUACGUGAGCAAUAUCCAAGAGCAAAGCUCCUUGAUUGGCAGUAGUAGGACUGGUCAACACCUCUAUCAAAACAAAAUUGAUAAUUGCGAGCAAACAUUGCAAGAUAAAAAAACGAGUUCGACGAAUUUCGAGAUGGCCCGCGAAGAAACGCCAAAUUACGACUUGUUGAAGGAGAAAACGGCAAAUCUCGAUACCACCUCUCGCAGCAAACCAAUUAAAUACGAGUCUCAGAGAGAGAAGAUAAGUAAUGUCGAUGUCGGAACGAGACCGAAAUUGUCGAGCUCCUUCAGUGAUUCCUCCAAAAUAAAUAUAACGGAAUUUACGAAGAAGAUCGACAUAGCGAAAGCAAGAGCGUCGAAGGUCGCUUUUGUACCUAGAUCGAAUCAUCCCGGUCAAGAAACUAAGAGCAUCGUCUAUGGUUCGUCUGAUAGCAUAAAAACGAAUUUACAAACUGGUACGUCCGAUAAUAGUACGACGAGAGGAAAUGUUGAGGCGGUAAGAAUAAAUAUUCAAAGCUUUCGUAAGAUCGAACAGAAUCAAAAUGGUUUCGAUUCCUUCCCUUUCGUAAUAUCGAACAAUCCCUUGUUCAUUGCUGAGUCGGAUAAAAAGGAAUCACCGAUAUACAGCAGUUCGGAAAGUUUACGAGUGAAUUUUCAACGUCUUAGGCGAAAGUCCGACGCCGAAGCCAACAGUCAAGUCGAAUUAAGUAGCAAAAUAUUGGCGGAAAAGUAUCAACGGGAGGUGUCCGGCUUGGAGAGCGUUAAAAGUUAUUUGGACUCGAAGAAGGGUCAAGGUUUGGGCCUAGGACUGGGUAAACUGACGCAAAAUAUGAUGCAGCUCGGAAAGAACUCGAUGUCGAAUAAAGCGAUUUUACCUAAUAUAAGAAAGUUGGACUUGCCGAGUCAGUCUCAAGUAAAUUUUCGUAACUUGAACGUUCCGCUUCAGAAACCGAAGCAUCUGGACUUGAACAUACCCUUGCAGAGCCAACAACAACAACAAUCGAGCUCCGUUAAGUUGAAUAUAACGCAAAAAACGAAUCCGCCUACGAGCCCUAGCAUACACCAGCAUAUAUUGGAACCACCGAAAUUGUAUCAAAACGAGACAACAAGAAAGAAGGAGCUGCCAAAGUCCGAGCAGCUGCUUCUAGAUAAACAAUCGAUUAGCAAUACGACGAACGUAUAUCGGCACAGAACGUCGUCUCUGUCGGAAAAUCGAAAGCCACCGUUAAAGAACGUACGCAGGUCGUUCCAUCCGAGAAACGAUUCCAGCGAGGACUCGGACUCGGUUUCUCAUUCGGAGACGGACAUAAGAAGUCGAUUGCGUUAUAAGCGCCGUAGCAAAAAGGUCCCUCACAGUUUGAGAUUGAACUUUAAGAACAAGGGCCAAUUUCUCCAUCCAGAUUCGGCUAGAGGAUUUUCCUCGGUGGAACUCUGUGGAAAGUCACCGCCACCUUCUACGAGCUUCCUAAAUUCCCUCUCUCCACCCUUCUCUUCUAGGAACAACUUACUCUCCUGGCCUGAAAGCGCCCCGAGCUCUAGCUUGACCUUCACGAGUAAUUCCGAUCUGGACUCAGACACGAGUUCGGAGUAUCCGGAAUUUACCAAUGACGCGACGUUGUCGGAGGAAGCCAAGGAGGUGUACAACAGCUUGGUCGAAACACCAGCGAUCGAAAGCGCACAAGACACGAAUCCUCUGCGUAUGUUGCGUUCGGGAUUGCCUGUGGUGAGACCAAGAGUUCGUGGUAAUAAACACGCGACCCUUGGUCACAGUAUUUCCCAUCCGGAGGACGCAACUUCGGAACACGCUUUUCAAUUUGUGGAUAUGCAUCACGGUGGAGCAAAAACCUUGCCAAAGAUUCGAGCACCGCCACCCCCUCAUCUGCCACCUCCCUUACCUCAAACUCGAAGCUUGGAGAGGCAUCAUUCCGCUUUGGAGAUCGAGAACAAUCAGAAUCAGAGUAACGUCGACGAAAAUCCGAUACCAUUGCCGCCGCGAGAUCGCUCGAAAACGUUACAACCGAAAUCGAGUUUGCCGAGACAUCAAAGAAAGCAUCCGUUGAUCAUACCAGGUGGAGGAGUGACGAGGACCCUUGCCAAAAUGGCCGUUACGACGCCACCUGCUCUAGAAGAUCAAGUCGAUGGUAAUUUUCUUCUCCAAUAUGCGAAUUCACCGACCACCAGUACUUCCACCCUGCAGGAGAGUUAUUCUCCGGAAGUUUCAACUAACAGCCCAGAAGAAUUCGAGCAGCGCAUCGAAUCGGAGCUAGCCGCUCUGGAUUCUUUGCCCAUGGAUGAAAGCAAGAUGCAUCGUUGCAGCGUCAUUUCGGAAGAUCUACUCGAGUUUUCUGACAAUCUAAUCGAUGCCGAGGAUACAGGAUCCUGUCCUGAAAACGUAUCGGAGGAAACAAACGAUUCCAUUGACGUUCGCUUCAGAAGAAAGAUCAGCGUGGAGUCGAAAAAUUCCCAAAAAAGCAUCGCUUCGAAAUCCCUCGAGGAAGAGACCGAGACAGGACUGCCCAGUAGGAACUCCACUACAUCCAGCUCGAGCAGAUCGGAAGACUCGAGUCUUUCCAAUAAGAAUGAAUCUCCGAGCGUAGCUUUGAUCGCAAGGUCCCAGCCAACGAGCGCAAGAGGAGGAGGAUCGUCGUCGAACCAUCAAAAAAGAUCUUUCAACUGUACGCUUCAGAUAGAACGGCCCUUUGCGGAGGAAUCCAACGUGAUCGCUACCACCGGUACGAUUACGCAGUACAACGUAAAUACGGCGAAAUCCUCUGGAUCGGACAACACGAAUCGCAAGGAUCUUAGUUGCUGUAACAACGAAAACUACCUUACGUCCAAUACAAAGUCGUACGAUCGUGAAGAAACGGAUAAAUUGGUAGUCACCCGUAGCAGCGACCUGUCGCGACAAUCUGAUCAUGUUUCCUGUGAGGAUCUUUUAGAGUUUGCUUGCGACGGCCCGAACGCUCGCAGAACUCGUGGCCCGCGUAACGGGGAACAGUCCGACGAAGUGAGAAUUAUGUUAAAGGUUUUGCACGAUCAAUCGACUCCCGAGUCAUGCAUAGCGGCCUUGAAUGUAACCGGCUGGGACGUCUUGACGGCGAUAAAGCUCGAACGUCUUCAAGGCUUGUUGAAAAGGGAAAACAAUUUUGUUGGCCUCGAGGAUUGCAAGCUGAUGCUCAGCCAGUGCGGCGGGGACGUCGUUAAAGCGGCCGCCUUGCUACGAAAUACCGAUGACACUGCUGCGGUUUAGUUCUCGAGAUACAAAACUUCUAUACGCUUUUGUUUUUCUUUUUUCUACAGAUAAUUGAGAUUCGCGAGAUUUUUAUUUAUUUUGUUAGGGCUUUUUCUUUUAUAUAGCGAUACAAAAAUAUAGUAUUUCAAGGCGAUACGCUUUUCCAACUCUAUUAUUGCGUUGAGUGUCGUUUUUUGCGUGACGGCCGAUCGAAUUUUCCAAAAAUUCGUGUCAACGUGUUUCAAAGAAACGUUUAAUCGCUUAUUUAAUUUAUCCUAUUAUUUUUUCGCAGAGUAAUUUGCAUUUUUUAUUGUAUCUCGAUACGAUGUGAUAUACUUUGCACAAUAAGUAAUCUCCUCAAAUAGUCGGUUUAUCAUUAUUAUUUAGAUGAUAAAGCUGAACACACAUACACACACACACACACACACCAAAUAUAUAUAUAUAUAUAUAUAUAUAUAUAUAUAUAUUCGAUGUAUUUUCUAGCUUCCGUUUUGCCAAGGUUUAAUAAUAGGAGCGAAAGUUUUAUAAGGAAAGUCUGCGCUCGGCCAUUAAUUAAACUUUACGUAACGGAUAAGUAUAGGAAAAUUUGUAGCAUAUUACGCUUUGAGGGGCGUAUAGUCUCUCUCCCUCUCUUUCUCUAUUUCUCUCUAUUUCUUUCUCUCUCUCUCUCUAUAUAUAUACAUA